AUGACCACAUUUGAUAGAAGACGAAUACAAGCUCCGGAAACUUCUUAUGCUCCUACUUUCGAGUCUUCCUCAAUUAUUGUAGAUAAUGGCCUGGGUACAGGUGAUGAUGGAUUUCAUGUGGGAUCCUCACAGCCAGUCUUCAAAGCGGGUCUUAUUGACCAAGCUAAUGGGAGUGGAUACGUCGAAAUUGGUGGUGUCAAGAUAGCUUGUUCAGUUUACGGUCCAAGACCAAAACAACCACCAUAUUCCCCCGAAGGUACACUGAACCUCGAAAUCAAAUUCGCUCCGUUUGCUUCUCACCCUCGACGAGCACCUCUGCGGGACACCGAACCGAUCCCACUCUCCACCCUCCUCUACCGUCUUCUUCUCCCUUGUCUCCAACUCCAUCUCUUACCCAAAUCAUCCAUAGACGUCUUCCUCCUCAUCCUAGAAUCAGACACCUUGUCCAACACCUUAUCGGCAGCUUUGACGGUAGCUAGUGGAGCUAUAGCCAAUGCUGGUAUACCCAUGUCUGCGCUGGGAAUAGGAGGAGUGGUCGCACGUGGAGAAGGGGCGGGAGGGGAAAAGAGAUCCGAGCUUAUAUGUGAUCCCUCAAUUGAGGAAGAGAAUAGUGCGGAAGCUUGCCUUACAUUAGGCGUCAUGCCCGCUUUGGGGAAAUUGAGUUCUUGUUGGUUCACCGGAGAGGCGGAUGUUGAGGAUGUUGGUUUGAUGGUGGAUUGCGCUGUCAAAGAGACAAAGAUGACUCAUGCGGUUUUAGCGACAGGUUUAUUAGAGUCUGCCGAUGUCUCAUAA